GUUGCCAUGGUGAUGGCUGUGCAGGACAACAUGGUGCAGGUGGUGGUGCGGGUGCGACCCCCCACCCCUCGGGAGUUGGAGAGUCAGCGGUGGCCUGUGGUUCAAGUGGUGGACGAGCGGGUGCUGGUGUUUGACCCUGAGGAACCUGAUGGGGGCCUCAAAUGGGGUGGUACCCAUGACGGCCCCAAGAAGAAGGGCAAGGACCUGACAUUUGUCUUCGACCGGGUCUUUGGUGAGAAGGCCACCCAACAGGACAUGUUCCAGCACACCACGUGCAGAAUCCUGGACAGCUUCCUCCAGGGCUACAACUGUUCAGUGUUUGCCUAUGGGGCUACUGGGGCUGGGAAGACACACACCAUGCUGGGAAAGGAGGGGGACCCUGGCAUCGUGUACCUGACCACCAUGGAACUGUACAGGCGUUUUGAGGCCUGCCAGGAGGAGAAGCAAUUCGAGGUGCUCAUCAGCUACCUGGAGGUGUACAAUGAACAGAUCCAUGACCUCCUGGAGCCCAAGGGACCCCUAAUCAUCCGCGAGGACCCUGACAAGGGUGUGGUGGUGCAAGGACUUUCUUUCCACCAGCCAGCCUCAGCUGAGCAGCUACUGAAGAUGCUGACCAGGGGGAACCACAACCGCACCGAGCACCCCACAGAUGCCAAUGCUGCUUCCUCCCGUUCCCAUGCCAUCUUCCAGAUCUUUGUGAAGAAACAGGACCGAGUCCCAGGACUCACUCAGGCCCUGCAGGUUGCCAAGAUGAGCCUGAUUGACCUGGCUGGCUCAGAGCGGUCAUCCAGCAGCAGUGCCAAGGGGGAGCGACUGCGGGAGGGUGCCAACAUCAACCGUUCUCUGCUGGCCCUCAUCAAUGUCCUCAAUGCCCUGGUGGAUGCAAAGGGCCGCAAGUCUCACGUGCCCUACCGAGACAGCAAACUGACCCGCCUGCUGAAGGACUCCAUUGGGGGCAACUGCCGCACAGUGAUGAUUGCUGCCAUCAGCCCCUCUAGCCUGGCCUACAAGGACACUUACAACACCCUCAAAUAUGCUGACCGGGCCAAAGAGAUCAGACUCACGCUGAAGAGCAACGUGGUCAGUCUAGACUGUCACAUCAGCCAGUAUGCCACCAUCUGCCAACAGCUCCAGGCUGAGGUGGCCUCCCUAAGGAAGAAGCUUCAAGCGUAUGAGGCAGGAGCCCAGGCCCCACAGCAGGGCUUCCCACAGCCCCCCAAGUUGAGCCCUCAACAGCAACACCUUCCUAGCUCCCCUUUACUGUCCCGUCCCCGCAGCCAGCCCUGGACCCCAAAACUCCACAUGGGUUCUGGAGAUCUUCAAGCGGGGAACCUGGGGACAGAGGCCCAGGAACAGAGGGUCAUAGAAGAAAGCUCUUUAGACCAGGAGCAGAUCCCAGAGGAUAAGGAUGAAGACCCUACUGAGGUUCCAACCCAGACACUGGAGCAGAACCUCAGACCCCCACUGUCAGAGUCUGCUGGUCUGACCCUGCAGCCUAAGCCAGUGGCCAGCCACCUAUCACCACAGAACCUGGAUGAGGAUCGUUAUAAGCACUUGGCCCUACAGGUGCUGUGCCUGGCCCAGAAACAGUAUUCCCUGCUGCAGGCAGCCAACCUCCUGACCCCUGACAUGAUUACUGAGUUCGAGACCCUGCAGCAGCUGGUGCAAAAAGAGAAAGCUGAGCCUGGAGACAAGACCUCCAGGACUCCUGGCCAGGCUGGGAGGGCCUCCCUGAUGCAGGAGCUGUGUUCAGCCUCAAAGUCUCCAGGGUACUGUGGCCCUGUGAAAACAAUGACAAGAAGAUUGAGUGGCCUCAUGCACACUCUGGGGAUCCCACCUGAGCCUGAUUGCACCCCAGCCUCAGCAUCUCGAUAGCCCACAGAGAAGAAGAGAAAGAGCACAAGCCUCACAGAGCCAGACAGUCCCCUAGCCCCAAAGCUGCUGACCAAGCGCCAGUGA